CCCAAAAGUGUUGGGGGUAGUUCUGUGGCCAAUAUGGCGACCCUCUAGCUGGAUAACAUGAUUGCAGAGCCAACACGAUGAGGGUUCCUCGAUGGUGCUUUGGAGUCCGGAGAAAGUGUAUUAUUUUUCCCAUCCUGCUGGUCCUCUUGGUGGGUGCAGCUUUGACAUCUCUGCUGCCACCCGCUGAGGACCAUGGAGGGGUUGGUGUUCUGGACGUGCUGCGCAGGGCAACGCUACGACAGGAGAACCACUCACAGGGCCGCCAUGCCGACAGCUCCGAGGACAAGUUUACCGUCAUCAUUCAAACCUACAAUCGCACAGACAUUUUGCUGAAGCUCCUGAACCAUUACCAGGCGGUGCCUCACCUCCAGCUGAUCAUUAUAGUCUGGAACAACAUCGGGGAGCCAACGCCAGGGAAGUUGUGGGAUUCUUUGGGUCCCCAUCCGGUUCAGGUCGUCUUCAAGGAACAGAAAAGCAACCGGAUGCGAAACAGGCUGCAAGCGUUCCCUGAGAUUUCCACUGAUGCUGUGCUGAUGCUGGAUGAUGACACUCUCAUUAGUGUUCCUGACAUCAGUUUUGCUUUUUCUGUGUGGAAGCAAUUUCCAGAUCAAAUUGUUGGAUUUGUCCCACGAAAACACAUUUUAACUCCCGGAGGAGUGUACAGCUACGGCAGCUUCGAGCUGCAGAAUCCAGAAACGGCUGGAGGUGACAUGUACUCCAUGGUUUUAAUUGGUGCUGCUUUCUUUCACCGCCGCUACCUGCAGCUCUUCCAGGACCAGCCUCAAGCGGUGCACGCCUUGGUGGAUGAAACCCAGAACUGCGAUGACAUCGCUGUGAACUUUGCUGUAGCUCUGUAUUUAAGAGAACACUCCGAGGCGAGUGCGGUCGACAGACCCGCAGGCAUCUUCGUCAAACCCGUGGAUCUUCGCAGUCUUGAGAAAGAUGCCAGAAGUGGAUACCAGGGAAUGUGGCACCGUCCCGAACACCUUCUCCAGAGGUCCUACUGUCUGAACAGACUGACGCAGAUCUACGGCCUCAUGCCGCUCCGCUACUCUAACCUGAUGGUCUCUCAGUUUGGUUUCCCCAGUUAUGCCAAUCAUAAAAGUAGGGGUUGAAAAAGUGCCAAAUUGCUGGUUUUGAGGGGGGAAAUGAGAGGCUCCAAAAGAAGUCUGGUGUGCUUGGUUGGUAACACGUCUAAAUGGCAAUCAGCCAAUAUCUUGUCUGACCUGCAGAUAGUGCCUGCUGAGGUUUCUGCACCUGAGGAGUGCAGAAACUUUAAAGGCAUAAUGCAAUCUUUUUGUGAUAUUUCUGUUUUACAUUUAUGGGAAAUUUCAUGAUAUUCUUCCAUACAGUGACUGUUUUUAAUGCUCACUGCCAAAUUGAAUAAACUGUCAAUAUUUGAUCAGAUAUGAAAAAACAGCACACACAACUCUCAGUGGAUGUAGUCCCUUGGAACUCAGCAGGUGCUGCUUUUGAUGUUUUUUUUUAUCUAGUUUGAAAAUGUGAUUUAUCAAGUAAAAAUUUUUCUUCCCUUUUCCUUACAAUGAACAUAACUGUUCUAAUUUAAAAAAAAUCCCUACCACAGUUAUGAAUCUAUGAACCUAACUGUGUAUUUUGUAUGUAGCUAAACAAAUUUUGUGAACAAGGCUAUGCAUGCAAAGGCAAUCAUUUUUGUUAUGAAUGCAUAUGUUUUGAAGUUGUAUUGUGCAAAUUGAUCUAAUAAAGAUGCUUAUUUUUCUCUGAAAAUAAUGGAUGGGAUUAAACUUAUGUCUUUAUACAAACAUUUGCCUUUUUCCCGACCGAAGUAAAUAAUUAGAAAUGCUG